CUAGUUUAUAAAAAACCAAAAAAAAAAACCCCCCAAAAAGUCAAUAUCAAAUUAUAUUGAAUCGAAUCGAAUCAAAUCGAACCAAAUCAUUAUUAUUACUGUAAUAAUAAUAAUAUCAACAACAAAAACAACAGCAAACCAGACAGCUACCUUUAUUUCUAUUUACGUUUAAUUUUGUUAUUAUUAUGGAUAUUAAACACCUAUUAUGCUACCCGGGCGAGCAGUUCUCACCGAUCGAAUACAACCACUCACUUGUCGCGAACCAGUUCAGCUAUGCAGACCCAAUCUACCACCAGUCUGAAGAAUUAUGGCCAGACAUAUGUCCGAUCAGUCCAUAUUACAACAGCAUUUACACCAGCAGUCAGAGCACAAGAACAAGUCGCAGCGGUAGUGUCAGCAGUAGCAAUAGUCUCCAGAGCAGCAGCAGAAGCAGCAGCAGAUCACCAGUCCAACACACCGAGUCCCUUGUCCAACACACGCCUGAGAAUGCCAAGAAACAAUGGUUAGAUAAAAGUCUUAUACGACAAUCUCGCAUGCCUUACAAGGAACGUCGCAGCUCGGUACAAACCAGAACUCCGUGGUCUCCUGUCGAGGACGAAUUGCUGCAGAAAGGAUAUGAAAAGGGAUACUCAUGGGCCAUGAUAUCUUCAGCAUACCUUCCCCGUCGUUCUCGAGGCUGCUGCUGGGGAAGAUUCAAGACCCUCCAGAGCAAGAACCUCAUCAAUGUAAAACAACACCAGCACCAGCACAACCGUCUUGGCCGCCGUCUGUGGAAGUCCAUGGAUGCUGUCAACCAACCCAUUGCUCCUGCUCAGUAA